GAUGCUGCAUUAUACAGUACGAAACUACUGAUGUUUUAUGGUAGGAUACGUGUUAACAACAUACAGUGAUUGUUUAUUUUGAUUAAUAACAUGUUAAAGAAUUAGAUUGAAAUGAUUAUACACAUCAGAUGUUAUUCGUAAUGGAGAAAUCAUGGGUGGAUUACAAUUGACAGUUGUGAUCAAGAUAUCAUUCAUUGUGAUACUCAGUUUGUUACUUGUGGAAUGUAGACUACACAAAAGUGAGAUAAUUCGUGUUAAUAGGCAAGUGGAUGUUCCUUUUGGCCGUAGUGUAACUUUAAACCCCUUGAAGGACUUGAAUAUACAUGUUAAGCACGGGGACUCGUGCUCUUUGAAUAUUGUGAAAAGAGACGAUUUGCCAUACAGUGCAGGACAACUAAGCAAAUCUGAAUUUCCUUGCAGAUUUAGUACUGGAGAUUUAACUUACAUUCACUAUGGGAGGAUAUAUGGUGUUGACAAAUUUCUUACAUUGCUUCAAUACAAUUCACAGAAUGAGACAUUUAUCACUCAGUUUGUCAUUCAGUUCAAUAUCAUUGAAAAACCAUAUGAGAUUGUUACCAAAAAUGUUGCGGUACAAGUAAAUAGCUAUUCUGAUGUCAGCUCACCAAUAGAUUCAUCAGCACUUCAGUUUUCAUUUGACGAAAGCAUUAAUUCAUGCUUCAUUAGUGUUUUACCACAAUCUCUUGGACUACCUCAAUUUGGUGAGUUGCUGAACAAAACCUUAUCUAACAUUGACUGUGAAGAAUUUUUGACUUCUGAUAUAAGGUAUAGAUACUAUGCACAUAAAAGUGUACCGAAACAUGACAAUAUUCCUAUGCAGGUAAAACUUCUGACAAAACUUGGAGAACUUGUAAAGGAUGAAUAUUUUCAGUUGGAAGUACUGAUAUCCUCCGGUAGAGACAACACUCCACCGGAACCCAGCGAUAAAGCCAAAUUCAUAAUGGAUUCAGUCAGCCAGUCCAUCCUUACACCAAUCACUGUUGACAUUUUGUCAGCUACUGAUGGACAGACACAGUCGGACAAACUUAUGUUUAACAUUUCUCAACCACUAGGCCCCGGUGAAGGAAUUAUCAUUAAUACGGAUAAUGCAGAUGAACCAAUUAACCACUUCUUUCAGUAUGAAGUUAAUGACCUCAAAAUUGCUUAUAAGCCAACAAAAUUUGAUUCAAACAUCAAGAGAAUUUUUCAGAUAUGGAUUUCUAUUGUGGACCCAGAGGGCCUGGCCUCAGAUUCAUUGCCAUUGAUGAUUGUUGUUGAACCAAUGAGUACAAAUGCACCUGUUGUUACUGAAAAUAUGGGCAUGUUCUUAAUUGAAGGUCAAUCAAGACCAAUUAUAAGCCCAGAUAUGCUUGAAAUCUCUCAUGUGGGUAACUUAGAAAGUGUCAAAAUAUAUCACAUUGAUGGAUUGCGGCAUGGUCACUUGACUCUCCCAGCUGGUAGAAAUUAUUUCACACCUGAGGAUCUAAAACAUGGACUAGUGGUUUAUCAUCAUGAUGACAGUGAUUCACUCAGUGACAAUAUAGUCUUCCAGCUUUCUGAUGGACAAAAUGUGAUUACAUUUUUAUUUCCAGUAACCAUUUAUCCAAAAGACGACAAAUCUCCUAUCUUGACUGUUAACAAAGGUCUUGAUAUCCAGAAAAAUGACAUAGCAUUGAUUUCAUCUUUAGAUUUGUCAGCUUCGGACACUGACACUGAUGACAGUGAUGUCAUCUUUGUUCUUGAACCGCCCUAUUCAAGUCGAGGAUUGAUCAUAAAAAAGCAGCCAGAAAAACCAUCAGAUACAAAUGAAUGGCAUUUUCAUAAUGGAUUUUAUGUGCAAAUAGUAUACAACUUUACUCAGCUGGAUAUUUUGAAAGGAAAAAUGUUUUAUAAGCACGCAGGAUCUCAAUCUAAUGAAGCUUUUAUGGAUGAAAGAAUCAGAUUUAAAAUAAUAGAUAAGGGUAUACCACCAAAUAAGUCCCCUGUUCAUGAAAUCCAUGUUAAAAUACAGCCAAUUGAUGAGAUACCGCCCUAUUUGUAUCCAAACACAAAGCUUGAAUUAGAUGUCACUGGAAAUGGAUGUACACCCUUUAACAAGAAAAAUUUAAGAUUUACUGAUGAUGACACAAAUGACCGGACAAUUAUGUACACCAUAAAAAGGCAGCCGUAUGAUACGUAUGAUUAUGGGCCGUUAGAAGCUGGUACAGUUGCUUAUUGCGAUAACUCUGACAGAAAUCUUACACAAUUUAGCCAAGCUGACAUAAACCAACACAAAGUUUGCUACCUACCACCAGCAACAGGACUUGGACUUGCAAAAAGAACACUGCAAUUUGACUUUAAUGUUGAAGACCAGUCUGAAAACAUUCUGACAAAUCAAGUGUUCACCAUUAUUAUUAAGCCGGUGAAUAGUGUUCCACCAGUGGUUAUUAACACUGGAGCUGAGGUUGUUGUAAAUGGUGAAAUUGUGAUAACUCCACAGAUGUUAUUUGUCAAAGAUACUGACCCACAGAAUAUUGUUAUCAUCAUGAGUAAACUUCCACAGUUUGGUAUUUUGUAUAACAAUGGAACUGUAAUUAAAACAGAUAAAACCUUUUCCCCUUUUGACAUUGAAAUGGGUAAAAUUGUGUACAGAAAUCAAGAACAUGAUGAAAGAUUCAAAGAUAUGUUCAUGGUAGAAAUAUCUGAUGGCAUACAUUUCAUUCCUGUGACAUUCUAUGUAAACAUUGUUAAAAGAAGUGAAGUACUCUUCCAAAGAAAUUCUGUUGCUGAUAAUGGUAAACUUACUAUCUAUCAUAUAGUGAAUGAAAAUGGUACAGUUAUUUUAAGUCCUGAACAUUUUAAAAUAUAUGAUACAUCCCUCAACCCAAGAGAUAUUGUGUAUUCUAUUCAAAAGUACCCAUUGUUUGGUUCAAUAUUAUUAAACGGGCAAGGAAGCAGUUAUUUCACACAAAAUGACAUUUUAAACAGAAAGAUUACUUACACACAUACUGGCUCAGAUAUUGGAAGAAGUAAAGCGGAGGACAGAAUCAAGCUUGUAGUUCUUGGUACGUCAAAUGUUUUACUAAAAGAUGGGUCCAUACUUGAAAGAAUUGAAUUAGUUUUUGAAAUUCAACCAGUAAACAAUCAACUGCCUGAAAUCAUUACACAUGAUGAUAUAGAGGUUGCUGAAGGAAAAACUGUACAACUACGUAGGGAACAUAUUGAUGUUAAUGAUAUUGACUCGGAAGAAGGUACUAUAAUGUGUAUGAUAACAGAACAACCUAAAAAUGGAUUUCUUGAAAAUAAAUCACCAGGUUCAAGGGCUGGAUUACCUAUAUCAGCAUUCAAUGUAGAUAAUAUCAGGAAUGGUGACAUAUUUUAUGUACAGAAUGUUCAUAAAGGUAUUGAACCAAGAAGUGAUCAGUUCCAUAUAAAAUGUUCAGAUGGGAGAAACCUUAGUGGUGUCAAGAAAAUAUCUAUUGCUAUACUUCCAGCAAAUGAUGAAGUUCCUGGAGUAAUUGUGAGGGAAUUCAUUGGUUCUGAAGGCAUGGACAUAAGAAUAGAUGCUGCUAUACUAGAGGUGACUGAUAAAGAUGAACCUGCUGAUGAGUUGAAUGUUCUUAUUGUCACUCCUCCUAAACAUGGUAAAAUUGUACAGCAAUCCCUAACUGGUGAAGUCCAAGUACAAAAUUUCACUCUUGACAAAAUCAAAGAAUUUUCUACGAUUGUGUAUGAACAUGAUGGCUCUGAGACUACUAAUGAUGUGUUUGUGUUUGUUCUGUCAGACGGUAUUCACAAUGUCACAAGGACUGUCCCAAUAACUAUAUUUCUAAUUGAUGAUGAGCCGCCGAGACUUGCUGUAAACAAUGGACUUGAAAUAGAGAGCUUGGGAGACAAAAAGACUAUCACAAAUGAAAUGCUGAAGGCUGUGGAUGUUGACUCUUUGGUCAGUAACCUUACAUUUAUAAUCAAGAAGAUUCCACAAUAUGGUGUCCUGACAAAAACUAUCCAAAAUACAAAAGUGAACCUGAUUUAUGGGUCUAACUUCACACAGACAGACAUUGAUAACAAUCUUGUGGAAUAUAUCCAUUUUGGCAAAAAAAUGAAAUUAGACUUGAUCAAGUUUGAUGUGACAGAUGGUUUGAACUCACUUAUUAACAGAUAUUUCUAUGUGACAUUUAAAGGCAUUAACCUGCUUCAACCUGAUGUUUUUAAUACAGCUCUAAUUCUGCAAAACGAUGGAGGUGUAACAUUAACUAGGGCUAUUCUGACUAACUCUGAGAUAAAAGUAUCUGAGGAACUACUUUUCAACAUUACUGUUCCACCAAAACAUGGCCAUUUAGAAUAUGUUGAUCAGAGUGGUGAAAAACUUUCCAACUUCUUGUUCCAAUAUUUAGAUUCUAACAAAGUAAGAUAUGUUCACCGGAAUGAAGAUGAAGUUAAGUUUGACGUCUUUGAAGUAGAAGUAAGUGAUGAUAAAAAACCAAUGGCCAAAACUUUACGAAUUUCAAUCAGUGGACAGGACAAUAAUUUACCUGUUGUCAUGGUUACAACUCUUAGACUAAAAGAAGGAACAACUAAAAUACUAACGCCACUGGAACUCAGGGUCUUUGAUGUGGACACUGCUGAUGAAGAUGUGGUUUUUACCAUAACACAAGUGCCUUUACAUGGAAAUCUGCUGUACAACCUCUCUAGAAUAGUGACAAGGUUCUCUCAAAGUGACCUUAAGAAGGGCCUCAUAUCUUACCAGCAUGAUGGAAGUGAAACAUUUUCAGACAGUUUAAUAUUUACCGUCUCUGAUGGCUUACACCAACAUUUUUACAUACCAGGGUCUGACAUGCCUGUCCGUACACCCCAGGAAAUGGACAUAGAAAUAAUACCCAUGAGCAGUGGAGCCCCUAGAGUAGUGGUCAACACAGGGUCUAACUUCUUGACCAACUUAACCAAUGGUUUAGGGUUUCACAUAACUAACAGAAAUCUAAAAAGCCAAGACUAUGACAGCCCGGAUGAUGCACUACGAUACAUGUUGACUGUCGGACCACAUCAUGGGUUCUUGCAAAACACUGCACAGGGAGGUGGAGCUAUUGCCAUGUGGACACAAGGGGAUAUAGAUGCAUGGCUUAUCCAGUACAUCCUCUCCCCUGGGGAAAACGCCACCAGUGACAGCUUCUUCUUCAAGGUCACAGAUCAAGAGGGCCAUUCCUUGGAAAACCAACCCUUCCACCUACAGUGGGCAUGGCUAUCUUUCAAGACUGACAGUUACCAUGGUAAUGAGACAGAUGGCUACAUCGAUGUCACCCUACAGAGAAGGGGAUACCUUGGAGAAACAAGUCUUGUCACUGUUGAGGUGCAUGAGAAGACUGCGUCCUUUGGUACAGAUGUGUCCAGGCAAUUUGCUCAGAUGAUCCAGUUUAACCCAGGUCAGAGAGAGAAGCAGUGGAGAUUGGCCAUUAAGGAUGACAAUGUAUUUGAGGGAGAGGAGAUUCUAACACUGCAGCUUGCUAACCCCCUAUCUGCUGUGCUUGAACAUCCUUACAUUGCCAUGGUCACCCUGCAUGAUGCAGAAGACGAGGCAAAGGUGUAUUUUGAGGGACUGAACUACCAGGUAAUGGAGAAUGCCAGCCAUAUUGACAUCCCCGUAAUAAGGACAGGGGAUAUUUCCCAGGACCUCACUGUCAUAUGCCACACCAGGGAUGGAACAGCAAGAGGCUCACCUACCAGCAAGAUUGAACCCUUUUCUGACUUCAUCACUCGCCCUGCAGACCACAGCAGUAUUGUCAGGUUUGCCAGGGGAGACAGCCAGAAUGUGUGCAGAGUUAUGCUUCUUAACGACUCUCUAUAUGAAUCUCAAAAAAGGUUCUAUAUGAUGCUGAAGGAACCAGUGGGAGGCAAGCUGGGAUCAAGGGCAGAGACAGAGGUCACAAUCCUCCCUGAUCCCGCAGAUGAGCCCGUGUUUUACUUUGACCAAGCCCACUACACUGUGGAUGAGAGUGCUGGCACCCUGGAGGUUAAGGUGUGGAAAACUGGCACGGAUCUGUCCAAACCCUCCAGUAUAACUGUGCAUUCCCGGAGAAUGGGGAAUAACCCCGCUGAAGUCGGAUUGGACUACCUACCAGUGACCCGAAUCCUUGACUUCUCUCCGGGUGAGAUGACUAAGACUCUGAAGGUUGCCAUCUUAGAUGACUCGGCAAGUCCCCAGCUGGAAGGACAGAAGACGUUAGAGCUCUAUUUCCGUAUCCCUGUAGGGGGCCGUGUUGGGCAGCCUAGCACUGCUGUAGUCACUAUAGAUGACUCAGUCUCUGAUUUGCCUAAGAUGCAGUUUAAGGCAGCCGAGUACAGAGUCCUUGAAAGUGACCUUCAAGUUGUUGCUAAGGUGACAAGGUCAGGUGACAUCAGCAGCCAAUCAGAAGUGAGGUGCUACACUCGACCAAUCACAGCGAAGAGUGAUGUGGAUUUUAUGGAGAGACCUGACUCAGAGGAUUCCCUUGUGGUCUUUCUUCCAGGACAGAUCGAGGCAGACUGUCACAUACAGCUGGUGGAUGACACAGUCCAGGAACGUGAGGAGAGUUUUAGAUUGGUUCUCGGCACACCAGACAGUCUGUUGCCAGGGGGUGCCACUCUAGGAGGACAGGUCACCACUCACAUUGUGGUUGAUGACCCAGAGGAUAAUCCAAUAAUCAUGUUUGAACUCAAUCAGUACACAGUGAAUGAGCCGAUCAUCAAAGGUGAUGUGACGAUUGCCCGUAUCUCUGUGGUCAGACUCGGGGAUACAGAAGGAACAUCAGUGGUACAAGUAACAACGCGCAGUGGAAGUGCCUUAGCUGGCAAAGACUUUAGAAACUAUGAUAGGGCGCUUAAUUUUGGACCUGGGGUAAGCCACCAGACGGUAGAAUUGGAGAUUCUCUAUGACAUGAGUGGGGAGGACAGGGAGAUGUUCACUGUACACAUGUCCGAGGACACACAGAGGAUCGCACAAGUCAGGCACGAUGAGGCUGUGGUGUAUAUAGAGGAGAACAGCAAGCUCGCUGAUAUAAAACUUCCCCUGGCGCCUCUGAUUGUCUCUCUACGUGACCUUGACCUUGUUGCCAGUGAUUUUAAAAGGAGGCCCAUACAGGGAUACCCACUUGUGUGUGUAUCUUCCUGCAGCCCCUACCAUCCCCAGUACCUGUCAGUCCAGGAUGUAUGUAGGGAGGCCGGUAUUGACGAUGUCCAGACAAAGUUCCGUUGGAGGGUUGGGCAGGCAGGAGGGGUACUGUUUGACCUUGACUCUGACACCAUCUUCACUACUACCAGGGGGGUCACUCUGGAUAGCGUCUACUUUACAGCAGGUAGCCAGGUUGAAUGUUACGCUAGAGCAGUUAAUUUCGAAGGAGAGCCAGGCAUCGAGGUAGCUAGCCCUGUUAUGACAGUUGACCAAAGCCAGGGUGCAUGUCCAUCUAGCACUGACAGCGUCAAAUUGGCUGAACCAUUCGGUGCAAGGAUGAGGUAUACAGGUCCAGAUGAUGAAUGGCACCCUAACAAGGUUCGUGUGAGAGUACAGAUUCCCCAUACUGAUGGAAUGUUACCCGUCAUCUCUACCCGCAAGAUGGCCAACUAUGAGCUGACCCUGAAUGAUGAUGGCUCACACAAGAACAAGCACCAGUGCACGAACCUGCUGAAAAGUGGAGGGAUGGGGGCCGGUUUUGGAGUCAAUCACCAUGAUCUGAUGGGGUUUUAUGGGUCUUCCCUCCCGUACCAGUAUAGCGAGACGCUGAGGAGUAAUAGGACACUGGCACUUUAUAGAAACCUGGACAUGUCCUCGUGUGUGUGGACGUUUGAUGCCUACUACAACAUGUCAGAGCUGGUCAGCAUGUGUGGUGCUCUGAUGGACACUGAUUUACGGAUGCAUGGUGGUCCUCAGUCCUUCGUUGUAGUAAAACUCCCCCUGUUUGUAUCAUACCUGUACUUCACUCCGGGCAUGAGAGACACAUGGCGAGCCCAUGAGGUGAGCAGAUACCUCACACUGAAGUUUGUGUAUGGUACAGGGACAAUGUGGGACCAAGCCAUACAAUCAAACAGGCACCCAGCUGGGCUCAAAGCCAAGAUGUUCCCUUCUGAUGUCCUGAUACUUGCAGAUGGUCAACUAGUUGUCAGAUUCCAGACUGUUCCCAAAUUCAGGGGACAGUUCCUGGCUUCACAUCCUGGAAACCAGUUCAACUCUAAUGUGCAGUCUCUGAGUCAUGGUGGUUUGACAUUUGACCUUCAGUUACUUCCUGGCCCCAACACAUCUGACAGACCUCACCAGAACUGGCUUGUCACUUCUGCCACUGCGCUGAAGGACUACUCUGGAGACUUUGUUGUGACCUUGCUGCCAUGCCUACUGACCUUUACCCAGACUUCCACUCAACCAAUCAGCUGCUCUCCCUCUGACAAUGUGACCUUCAGUCUACCAAUCAGAUUGCAGCAAGUCAGUGACCCUGUGCCUUCAAAGUUCAGCCUGAAUACAGAAUUCAGGGUGACUAGAAAGAGUGAUGUUUGGCUCUCGGAGAAACUGUCAUACAUUUCUGAGGACGACAUGACCAUUACUCCAGGUGAUACAGUGUAUGGAAGACUAGAUGUGAGCCCCAUACAGUCGUUGGAUCGGAGUGUCCAUCUUUACAUUGAGAAGGUGUUCAUGUGUGCAGGGCAGAGGGGUUACAUUCCACUAUACAAUCCGGAUAUAGGCCACUAUGGAUGUGUAGGAAAAUCAGAACAACUGGACACUGUCAUCAGAAUUCUGGACAUAGAGGACCCUUCCUCCGUUAACGCAACAUUCCAAGGGGUUCCUUUAUCGGCUAAGAUGGCCCAUGAUGACACACAAUCCUCUGAUGUCUUCAACAUUCCAGGGGCAGAUGGUUUCUCAUUUGAUUCCUCGCCACUUUUUCAGACUGAGGAUGAAAAACUAUGGUUUCUGCACAUAGUGUUUUCACAGACCGCCACAAAUGGAGAUGUAAUUUCAAGAACAUCAAUGUUUGACAGUCAUACUGUGAGGAGAUCCCUCGAUGACAUUGCAGGGGUUGGGAAUGGUAAAAAGGGCACAAAUAUGGCCCCUUUAAUACUUAACUUCAAUGGGAAGUCUUUGAAAGAAGACCAAUACCAGCCUGGCAAAAAAACUGAAAACAGUGAAAGCCAGAUGCCACUUAUUGCUGCCCUGAUUGGGGCAAGUGUCCUACUGCUGAUAGGUAUUAUUGUACUUGUGAUAUAUAUACGACACCGGCGGAAGCAGACGUCUCCACCGCCAACCCCAUCAGGAACCAUAACUGUGUUAUCUACUUCUCCUGGACUUACAAAAGUCAUAUCAAAUGCUUAUGUUUUCAAACCACACCCAUUAUACCAUUCUGAAGUCUGACGAUGAAAUUUUAUGUUAUUGCGAUUUGUACAUAUUCUAGAAUUGAGAAUUUUGCAGCCAUAUUAUUUUUUGUUAUUCUAUACGUGGUGCUUUAUAUCAAACCAUUUAUUAAAAAAUGUUGUGUAUUUUGUACUGUUCCUUUUCUAAAAAAAUAAUAUUGUUAACGAGAGAUUUAAAUUCCGUCUGCAUUCCUUAUUUUCUACGACUCAGAAUGAUAUAGAGAAAUUAUACACUAUGAAAUGAAAUCCAUUUUGUGCCAAAACUCCCAUUUAUAUAUCAAAAAGUAUUGAAUGCUCACUUCAUAGCGACUGAGUCAUAUAUCAGAUAUUAAGACUUUUUACACAUUUAAUUUGUACCAUCAUGAGUCCAUGGUAUCAAUCCAUUGUUAUAAGGUGUUGUAUUUUGUCCAUUUGAAAAUUACAUAUUGAUGUUACAUAUGUGCAAUAGUUAGUGUGAUUCCUGCUUGUGUGUUUGCAACUAUAUUUGCAAUAUAAUUGAACGGUGAUUCUUAAAUUAAUGGUCAUUUUAAUGGAUUUUCAUGAAAUGACCAUUCAGAUGCAUGUUUUAAUAUGGAUAUAGUAAUUGCUACAGUAAAUGCAUGAAUGAUUCAUGGAUGAUUCAUCAAAGAGGAGCUAAUAAGUUUGGAUUUUAGAAAAAAUCUCUGCAAAAUUAAAGAAUUAGGACUUAUGAGCUGAUUGACAAUUUUGAUAUUGUACAAUGUAUGUGUUUUUAUUAAAUAAGCAAAAUUAUAUCAAUUAUGGUCAUUGUAUGUUUUUGAAGGCUUUUACAUUAUUAUCUUUUGGUAUAAUUGCUGUACUCAUUAAAUUGCAUAGUUUUGAACAAUACCUUGCAAAUCCAUUGUUUUGUUGUUUUGUUGUUGAUCUUUAACUUUUACAGUAUAUGUCAUAUUUCCCUUGUUCUUGUAUAAAAAUGCAUAGUGAAAAAGUUAUGCAAGAAUAUGCAAACAUUGUACAAUAUUUGUGCUGGUUGAUUCUGAACAGAACAAGAUUUCAACAGUAAAUGCAACAUUUGUCUAGUAACAUGUAUUAGCAACUGUGUUGUCUUCAUGAUUGUGUUUGUUUUGUUCUAGUCAUUUGUAAAAGUGUACCUACGGUAGUUGCCUAACUGAACAUGUAUGUUGUACAUGCAUGUUUGUCAUAUCUUCAAAGAUGUACAUUGUAUAUGAAAACAAUGAGAUUUUGUUAUAAUGAUUUGCUCAUGUUAAUGAUAUUAUAAUCAGACAAUUAUCAUGUGUAUUUUAUCAGAGUUUCAGGAUGUUUAAUAUGUUUGUUUUCUUGAGUAGAGUAUAAUCAUUAUUCUGAGCUAAUGAUUUUGUUGUUAUUUCAACUUUGAUGUCAAAUGCUUGAUAUUUUGAUCUGAAAUAAUACUACUGUGAUCAUAUGAGGGGUAACAUGUAUUUAUGCUGCCCAUUGCUAUAUUCCAUGCAUAUUUUUGUAUUAUAUGUGCAUUUUGCAUUCCAAAAAUAAACUCAAAAAGCAAGAA